GCAAAACCUCGCGAUCCGCAAAUGGCUCCCUUACCCGCCGCAAGACUUGCUUGCUUUGAACGACCUUUCAGCUAUGUUGGGAUCGACUAUUUAGGGCCUAUGAUUGUUGCUGUUGGUAGACGCCGAGAAAAACGUUGGGGCGUUAUCUUUACGUGUCUCAUGGUUCGUGCCGUUCACAUCGAGAUCGCCUACAACCUCGACACGAAUUCAUGCAUCUUAUGCCUUCGAAACUUUAUCUCACGACGUGGAGUACCCAGAGAAAUCUACACCGACAACGGCACAAACUUCAAAGCGACCGAGAAGAUUUUACGUACCGAGGCAAAUGACAUGGACUAUGCAGCAAUUCAAUCUAAGUUCGACGACAUCAAGUGGAAGUUCAACCCACCAGCAGUGCCUCACAUGGGAGGAGCUUGGGAAUGCCUAAUAAGGUCAAUCAAAGCAGUGCUAAACGCAAUGCACCCCGAACAUAAUUUUAACGACGAAACACUUCGUAGCGCACUCCUAGAGGUCGAGUUUAUAAUUAACUCGCGACAGCUCACCUUCGUAUCUAUAGAUGCAUGCGACGGUGAAGCAAUUACGCCGAACCACCUCUUAAUCGGCUCAUCCACGGGAUAUACGCCCAUCGGUAGUAGCGAAAAUUUGCACCAGCGCUAUCGUCAAACCCAAUUGUAUGUUGACAGGUUCUGGCAAAUAUGGAUAAAAGAAUACUACUGUGAAAAGUUGUUUCAUUGAAAGCGAACUCCUGAAAUUACACCCCUAUUUAAAAAAUAGCGAUUCAAGCACAAAUGAACUCUGUGAUGGGAAAC